AUGAGAUUAAAAGAUAUAUCUAUCUAUCUAUCUAUCUAUCUAUCUAUCUAUCUAUCUAUCUGUCUGUCUCCUCCUUCUUUCUUUUCUUCCUUCUUUUUCUUUCUCCCUUCCUUCCUUCUUUCCUUCUUUAUAAUUUCUUUCUUCCUUCCUAAUUUUUUCGAUUUUACCUGUAUUGUUCUUUCUUUCUUUCUUUCUUUCUUUCUUUCUUUCUUUCUUUCUUUCUUUCUGUCCUUCUUUAUAAUUUCUUUCUUCCUUCCUAAUUUCUUUCUUUCUUUCUUUCUUUCUUUCUUUCUUUAUUUUUUGUUCUCUACAAGCGAUUUCGCCUGUAUUGUUCUUUCUUUCUUUCUUUCUUUCUUUCUUUCUUUCUUUCCGAUUUUAUCUGUACUGUUCUUCCUUUCUUUAUUUUUUCCUUUCUUUCUUUCUUUCUUUCUUUCUUUCUUUAUAAUUUCUUUCUUCCUUCCUAAGUUCUUUCUUUCUUCUUUAUCUAUUUUUGUUCUCUACAAGCGAUUUUGCCUGUAUUGUUCUUUCUUUCUUUCUUUCUUUCCUUCUUUCUUUCUUUCUUUCUUUCUUUCUUUCCUCCACGAUUUUAGCUGUAUUGUUCUUUCUUUCUUUCUUUCUUUCUUUCUUUCUUUCUUUCUUUCUUUUUUCUUCUCUACAAGCGAUUUUGCCUGCAUGGUUCUUCCUUUCUUUCUUUUUUGUUUUCUACAAGCGAUUUUGCCUGUAUUAUUCUUUUUUUCUUUCUUUCUUUCUUUCUUUCUUUUUUCUUCUCUACAAGCGAUUUUGCCUGUAUGGUUCUUCCUUUCUUUCUUUUUUGUUUUCUACAAGCGAUUUUGCCUGUAUUAUUCUUUUUUUCUUUCUUUCUUUCUUUCUUUCUUUCUUUCUUUCUUUCUUUCUUUCUUUCUUUCUUUCGUUUUUGUUCGCUACAAUCGAUUUUGCCUGUAUUGUUCUUUCUUUCUUCGUUUUUUGUUCUCUACAAGCGAUUUUACCUGUAUUGCCUCUAUUGUUCUUCUUUUCUUUCUUUCUUUCUUUCUUUCUUUCUUUCUUUCUUUCUUUCUUUCUUUCUUUCUUUCCAUUUUAUCACCCAUAUUCUGUUUCUGUGAUCUUUGGUCACAAUAUUAUUAUUAUCAAUACUUUUCAUCUAUCUAUCUAUCUAUCUAUCUAUCUAUCUAUCUAUCUAUCUAUCUAUCUGAAAAUAUUCUCCUCCUUGUCCACCCCAACCGCGAAGUUCUUUCUCUUCUUCGUCUUUUCUUUCUCAUUUUUACCAAUAAUUCUGUGCUAAACACGCUUGGGCCAUUGAGGAUUCCAUGUAUCCAUUAUUCUCAGAAUUCGAUCUCUGUGUGGAAAUCAAUUAUGUUUCGCCUCACCCGAAAACAAAUCAUUCUUCUUUCUUUCGUUUUUUUUCUUCCUUCUUACGCUUAUCUUAUAAUUCUUUUUAUGUUUGUUCAUUCAUUCCUUUUUUUAUGA